UUUUUUUUUUUUUUUUAAACAUUUAAACACUUGACGAAUCACUCCAGCUCAAUUUAACAAUAAAAUGUAAGUCUGCCACAAUAAAAUACACUACACUAUGUUGGUGUUCUUAUACGCACACUCUCAAACCCAAACUCAAACACCUUUUUUCACUCUGUAGGUCACAUUUACAUUACGCCUCGAGCUUCUCUGGCAAUGCCUUCCCCAGCACUGAAAACCUCGGCCAGGGCGGCGACGACUACAGCAACAACCCUUACAGCGCACCCAAAGGUGGCAAUCCCUCGGGAGAACCCCGAAAGGACGGCAAGCUGAAUAACGUGCAGCAGCAGGUCGACGAAGUGGUCAAUAUCAUGCAGGAGAACAUCAAUAAAGUGAUGGAGCGGGAGGAGCGCCUGGAUAACGUACACGAUAAGACUCAGAGGCUUCAGGGAGAGUCUGACCUGUUCCGUCGGGGAGCAACACAGACCCGUAAGAAGAUGGCAUGGCGUAAUAUGAAGCUUAAGAUUAUCAUCGGCAUCGUGCUCGUUAUUCUCAUUAUCGUUAUAGUCGGUAAGUAUAAAAAAACAUACAAAUUCUCUCUGGGGUUUAUUAAAUUUCUCCCCCCUCUUUUCCCCUUCUCUCUUCUCUCCCGCACCUUUUUUAUUUUUUAUCUGCGGAGAGCGCAGGACACAUGAUGCGCUCGAGUCGAUUGCAUAUGACUGCGUGAUACACCAUACAAAACGUACAAUCAACUAAUUCCACAUCUUUGUAAACCAUUUUUUACUCUGCCCAUAUAGUCCCAGUCGUCGUGUCGCAGAGACAGAAAUAAGCAGCACUGGCCUUUUUUGCCUUGCUUUUUUUGUUUACGCCAAGUUGUCCAUAACUUUAUUAUUAUGUGAGAGAAAAAAAAACCAAAUCUUUGGAUGAGUAGUAGUGAUACUUUACAAUCAGCCACUUCGAGCUUUUCUUUAUCGAGCAGCACGAUAUAGUAGUUUAUUCAUUGUCUUUUUUUUCUCGCUGGGAACUGC